UCUUAAAAGUCAGUCGUGCGGAGAACAUACAAACAUACCUAUCAAAAUAAUUUUAAUCUCAAUGGGAAAACUCAUUUUAAUUAACUUACUCUUAAGUGUCCUCUCGAUAAGUGUCCAGGCUGGGGAUAUUCCUAACUGUAACUUUUUUGACACUGUCAAAUUAAAUGACAGUCAAAAGUUAGCGAACGGAUCGUAUAAGUACCAGGAUAUUAUUAUUCCCGCAAGACUUACUGGAGAUUAUGACUUUGAAAUAAAUUACGAUGGUGACAUGGAUCCGGUCCCCAAUCACAUCCGAGGCUGUGUGUGCAAACUGAAGAGUUGCAUUCGGUUCUGUUGUCAUCCGAAAAGGCUAAUGGAUAGCAAUAAGUGCUCCGAAGAAGUAGAUGAAAACCUCACUUACGAUUAUACUCUGGACAUAACGCAAAUCAAUGGAUCAGUGAUAGGGAAACACAUUUUAAAUGACAUGGUGGUACAGCAAGAUCUUCCCCUUCCAUGCGAGAAACAUUACUCAUUGGAUGCGGAGGGAUUUAGAGAAGAUAUGUGGUCUCUAUAUGAGAAUGGAUCGUUGUUUCGUCACUUUGAUAAGCGACAUUUAACGAAGCAGGAAUUUUGCUUGCAGCCUCAUUUGACGAGUACCGGAAAUAACUACAGCCUUAUUGUCGCCUUUAACUGCAUUGAGAAACCAUCUAUGAAAUUGGCAUAUGUCAAGUCGAGCUCCGUGUUCUUUAUGGCCAUAACUAUUGCUGCCUAUAUAUUGCUUCCAAAAUUCCAAUCUCUUCAUGGCAAAUGCUGCAACCUCUACUUCACCUGCCUGGCACUGACCUUUUUGCUGAAUGUCGUUAGCAUGUUUGGGGUAUUUAGUCCUGGGACUCCCAUCUGCUACCUCACAGGUUACGCUGGCUACUUUACAGUGAUGGCAACUUUUCUGUGGCUUUCAGCCAUCAGUUUCGAUGUUUGGAGGAGAUUUUCGAUGCGUCGGUUCCAGAAUUUCUACAAGAACAAUAGAAGCAGUUUCUUCAACUACAACGUUGUCGUUUGGAGCUCUGCUGGGCUUUUAACCUUAAUAAUUUUUUUGGUAGAUCAAUUCGCAGAUACAGAUCUAGAUAAUCCAUACACUCCGGCUGUGGGAGUAUUUUCAUGCUGGAUAUACAGCGAUGGAUGGUCAGCUAUGUUUUAUUUUUACUGCCCGUUGGCGAUUUUGAUAGUUCUGAACGGUACGAUGUUUUUCCUAACAACCCGCUACAUUUAUGUGGAGAACAGAAACAACCAGAAAGUGCUGAAUAAGUGCGAACAGCAAAGAGAGUCAAGGAACCAAGCGAGCUAUCGCAUAUAUCUGCGCCUGUUUAUCAUAAUGGGCGGAAGUUGGUUUCUCGAAAUCAUUGCCUUUGUAUGCGAAAUGGAGAAUGUUCUGCAGCCCUUAAUUGCGUUAAACGAUUAUAUAAACUGCAGUCAGGGAAUGAUAAUAUUUAUGGCCACAUUCUGCAAUCAGGAAAUUUUCAAGUCAAUACGCAAGCGCAUCCAGAACAGGGAAACUACUACCACUGAUUAUACCACUGACAGUCGACCUCAAUUCUCUGAGAAAUCUGCAUCAUAAUUAGAUAAAUAAACGAUAUUAGGUUACUGGGAUGUCUUAUAUUUGCCAUAAGUUGAAUCUGGCUAAACAAUAUCUUGAAAUAUAUUUGAAAUGUUUAAUAUUA